CGGCCCCUCCCAGUGUCAGCACAAGCCCACACUGCACAGCCGAGGGCAGAGAGAACAGAUACUCACCCAGCUGCCAUGGCCACUGCAGCUACAGCAGGGGAAAUACAAGAUGAAGCUAUUUGCUCCAUCUGCCUGGGGUAUCUGACGGAGCCGGUGACUAUCGUGUGUGGGCACAACUUCUGCCGAGCCUGCAUCACCCAGUACAGUGAGGAGAAGGGAACGGGGACACCCCUGACCUGUCCCCAGUGCAGAGUCCGGUUCCAAAAAGGGGAGUUCAAAUCCAACACACAGUUGAACAGCAUCGUACAAAAGAUCAAACACCUGGGUUUAAAACCAGGAAAAGGGCAAAAGGAUUAUCUGUGUGAGAGACACGAGGAACGUCUCAAACUCUUCUGUGAGGACGACGGAGAAACUAUUUGCUGGGUGUGUGAGAAAUCCCGGGACCACAAGUCUCACACUGUGGUUCCCACUGAGGAGGCUGCCCAGGAGUACAAGGUGAAACUCCAGGGAGCCCUGGGCCCUCUGAGGAAGGAGUUGGAAGAGGCCCUGGCUUUGACAUCUAAAGAGAAGGAGAAAACAACAGAGUGGCAGGGGAAAGUGAAGAAUAAGAGAGAGAUGAUUGCAGGUGAAUUUAACAAACUGCACACACUGCUGAGAGAGGAGGAGCAGCUGCUUCUGCAGAGCCUGGAGCAGGAGGAGAGGGAGACUCUGAAGAGACUGCAGAAAAAUGUAACCAAGCUCUCCCAGCAAAGCUCCUCUCUGCAGCAGCUGAUCACAGAGAUAGAGGAGAAGUGUCAGCAACCAGUUGUUGAGCUGUUAAAGGAUGUGAAAAGCACAUUGAGCAGGAGUAAGAAUGUGAAACUCCAGGAACCAGAAGCUGUUUCUACUGACCUGAAGAACGUGUAUAAAAUUUCCCUUGACAUGAGGGAAGCGCUGAAGAGAUUCGGAGUGGACGUGACUCUGGAUCCAGACACGGCAAAUCCCCACCUCGUCCUGUCUGAGGAUCGGAAACGUGUGAGACACAGAGACACACACCAGGAUCUGCCCGACAAACCCGAGAGAUUUGAUCCUUGUCCCUGUGUCCUGGGCGCUGCGGGGUUCGCGGGCGGGAGGCGUUACUGGGAGGUGGAGGUGGGAGACAAGACAGGCUGGACUCUGGGGGUUUGUAGGGAAUCUGUGAGCAGGAAGGGGAAGGUCACAUUCACACCUGAGGAUGGAUACUGGGCCAUGUGGCAGUGGUAUGGGGAAUACGCGGCCCUCACAUCCCCGUGGACUCCCCUCACCGUGAGCGUCCGGCCCAGCCGGGUGGGGAUUUUCCUGGACUAUGGGGUGGGCAAGGUCUCGUUUUACAAUGUGACUGACGGGUCCCAUCUCUUCACUUUCACUGACACCUUCUCCGGGAUGCUCCGCCCUUAUUUCAAUCCCGGUCCAACGCUGGGGGUAGAAACGCGGCUCCCCUGAUCAUCUGCCCGGUCCCGGCUCCGGCCGGGGGGAAUCUCGGUCCCUGACAGUGACCCCGCGGCACAGACUGACUCCUCCCAGCGCUGCUGCUCCUCCCGCCCCCCUGUAGUGGGGGCUGGUUACUGCAGCUACUGGAGUUUUUGUGCUGACCGGAUGCUGCCAGUUUCCCUUUUCCACUGGAGGGUCCAGUCGAAAACCGGACACCUGGCAACCCCCAGCCCUCACUUUGCCCCGUCCCCUGCCCCAGGGGUAGCAGAUGGUGGGGGAUGGGGUCAUUCACUCCUGCCAGAAUUUUCUAGCCCUGUGAAAUCUCAGUGUAAAAUAGGAAAGAAAAAAGAUUAUUCUAAUUUAGAAAAUAUUAUUGUAACAAGGUGUAAAUACAAGAAUAUUUCAAUUUACAUUUCAACAGUCUUUCAGAAACAAGCAUCUAAACAUAUUUUUAGAAAUGGAAUUAUUUACAUUUAUUUUUGAUUCUUCCCUCAAAUCUAUAUUGAAGUUUAACUUCUCUGUAUAACAUCAUUUGUAUUUCAACUGUGGAAUUUCAAGAAAUCCAAAAUAUUUAUCUUGACAAAAUAAAUUAUUAAAUUGUCAGACGGGGUUGUUCAGUUACAAUGUACGUGUGUCAUAAACAUCACAACUACACACAUGUGCAGCUGCUCGCUCCCUCUCCUCCUCUCUUUAUUGUUUUGACUGGUUCUCUCUGGGAGGCAGGACACAUACACCCACCUCCUGCACUACAUCUUUGAAAAUUAAUAGGUGAAAAGUGAUAGAAUUAAUUAAGCAAUAUAUUUCAGUUAACUCACACAAGAUUAUAUAAUAUUCUUUGAACUUCUUUCAGCAUUAAAUCAUGUGAUUUUUAACUUUCUAGCUACAUGUCAUCGGUAAUCAAGAUAUGACCCUUCCUUUCUUUUUCUCACAUCAAUUAACAAAACACAGUCCCCAACCUCAAAUGCUAUCUUCCUAUACAUAGAAAUCUCUUCUACAAUCUCCAUUUUUAGUGUAUUUUUCUUUAGAAAUAUUAUUUGCAGGUAAUGUACUGUCAGUGUCCACUGUUGCUUUCAAUGUACUGCUGGACUCUUCAUGUUCUUGGUUAUAAGGACACAAUAAAUGUAGUUUGAUAAAGAAAUAGAGAAGGGGUUUCAGAGUCGCAGCCGUGUUAGUCUGUAUCCGCAAAAAGAACAGGAGUACUUGUGGUACCUUAGAGACUAACAAAUUUAUUAGAGCAUAAGCUUUUGUGGGCUACAGCCCACUUCAUCGGAUGCAUAGAAUGGAACAUAUAGUAAGGAUAUAUAUAUAUAUAAGUACAUAAAGAGAAGGUGGAAGUUGCCAUACAAACUGUAAGAGGCUAAUUAAUUAAGAUGAGCUAUUAUCAGCAGGAGGAAAAAAAAACUUUUGUCGUGAUAAUCAAGAUGGCCCAAUUAGACAGUUGACAAGAAGGUGUGAGGAUACUUAACAUGGGGAAAUAUGUUGCGGUUCAAAUACAAGACAGCACAAAGCUUUAAGCAAGCAAACAGGCUGGUCUGCCAACGGACUGGUCCUGUCAGCUUUUCCACCCUCUCCUUUAUUCUUUCUCUUCCCCCGCGCAUUACAUUCUCCAACAGAUAAAAGGAAUACACUGGCUUUGCUUAACAUUCUUAUUUACCAAUUUCUAUCUACCGCAUUCCUUGCUCUCGGGCCUUGAGCCCAGUCCUGGGAGGCUUCCCACGGUUCAUGUCAUCUGGGCGAGAUUCCAAGGUUCAUGCCCUUGAGAGGAGCUGUGUGUGCACAGCUCCUACACAACACUCCGGGUGUGCCCUGAAUGUUGCCAAGUGCAUGAACCUUGUAUGAAUCCUACAGAAAUAGAUUCAAUAUGUGUAAUGACCCAGCCACUCCCAGUCUCUAUUCAAACCCAGGUUAAUGGUAUCUAGUUUGCAUAUUAAUUUAAGCUCAGCCGUUUCUCCUUGGAUUCUGUUUUUGAAGCUUUUCUGUUGCAAAAUUUGUGAAUCAUCACAAAUUAACUUAAUUGUAGUAAAGACGCUGGCACUUAAUGACACAUAACAUGAAAUUUGGUGAAGCUUUAUUGGGAAACCUUUCUUCUCGGCCACAAAUCAGUCGAAAGGGUGAUAUUUUUGUUGUCAUGUGAGGUUUAGAGUACAAAGUUGCUCCAGGAAAUUCAUCACAAUUCCUCUGGGCUCUGUCCACCACUUUCUGGAAAAAUAGUGACUGAUUGAUCUGUAUCCUUGAAAUUAGUCAUUGAACCUAAUACCUUGAAGAGCUAGCUGAGCGGAGUAUGAGGGAAGAAACUUUGCAUGGCAUUGCUAGGACUACUGUUUGUUUUAAACGUGAUGCGUUAUGAACAUUUUCAAUGUCAUAAUUCAGUUUUGAAGAUUUACUCACAAUAUGCCAUUCACGGCAGUGUGCCCGAAACUUACCUUGAUUAUUUGAAAAUAAAUGCCCUGAAAUGA